AUGAGAUUGGCUAUUCUGUUUUGCGUGAUGACAGGUACUCUGGCCCGGAUGUGGUUGGGAGGCUGCCUCUCUAACAGAUUUGAUCACUUCUGCGGCGGUCAAGAAAUUGUAGCCACCACUUUCUGUCUUAAUUUGCAUUCUCUCAAAGCUUAA